CCUCCACAGAGCCCUGAUCUGAAUCCUAUUAAAGGUAUUUGGGCUAUUAUAAAGCAAAGAUUAAGGCGUAGGGUCUUUGAUUCAGAGGAGGAUAUGAAGGAGGCUUUGCAAGAAGAAUGGGACAAAAUCACUAUGCAAGAGAUACGGGAUCGCAUCGCUGAUAUGCCCAGACGAUGCGCCCAGCUUAAAAAGUACAGUGGG